AUGGCUACCCGUGGCUUAUCUUCAGAACAGAUACAGUCGGCUUUAGAGCUGAGAGAUGAUGACUCAAUCAUCGAAGGUAUUUCCGAUGAGGAUGACUCGAUCUCUCUUACUGCUCAUGCAGAAACUCCCCAAGAAGGUGGAGAAAGCUCUAGUGAGUAUUCAAGUGAUGAUGAAGUACCACUCUCCACAUUUUCUGCUCCUCAGCCUUCUCAAAUGAAUCGUCGGAUUUAUUGGAAGCACCUAGACGACUUCGCACCAUCUCCACCCGGAGUUUAUCAUCUUCCUCUAGCAUCCAGUCACGUUAGAGUUUUACAAACACCGUUUGAAUAUUUUACCAGAUAUAUUCCUGAAAAAAUAUUCGAAAUAUUCAGCUCCUUUUCAAAUCAAACUUAUUUACAUAAAACAGGGAAGAAUUUAGGCACAACAAAAGAUGAAAUGAAAAUCUUUUUUGGCAUAUGUAUCGCUAUGAGCUAUUUGGGUUUGCCAAGAAUUAAAAUGUAUUGGAUGAGUAAAACUAGGAUCCCAAUGAUAGCUGAUCGUAUGACUAGAGAUCGUUUUUUUCGGAUAAGGACUAACUUGAAACUAGUGAAUGACCUUGAUGUCGAUACGGCUGCCAAACAAAAUAAGUUUUGGAAAGUGCAACCCCUAAUUGAAACGGUACGAAAAGCUUGCCUAGAAAAUCCCAGACCUCAAGAAGUCAGCAUUGAUGAACAAAUAAUACCAUUUUGGGGCCAAGUAUCAAUGCGACAGUUUAUCAGGGGAAAACCAAACCCUUGUGGGCUGAAGAAUUUCGUUUGUACCAGCCCGGGUGGUAUACCCUUAGAUUUUUUCUUGUAUGAGGGCAAGGGUGAUAGCAUACUACCGACUGGUGAAACUGAAGGUCUGGAUAUUGGCGGGAAAGUCGUAAUGAGAUUGGCUAAUAAUUUACCUGAGGGUUCCAAGCUAUACAUGGAUAGAUAUUUUACAUCAAUUGAGCUGUUAGACAAACUAUACACAGAGAAAAAAAUGCAAGGAACGGGCACUCUCAAGAAGUCAAAAAUCCCUAAAGCAUGCAAUUUUAAAACUGAUAAGCAGUUAAAAGAUCAGGGACGAGGUUCUUCUGACCAAUUAGUAAGGAAUGAUGGCGUAAUAGCUUGUUUGAAGUGGUUUGACAACAAACCUGUAGUUAUGGCAUCAUCUGCAGAUUCAAAGUUACCUGAAAACAAAUGCCGGCGCUGGUGUAAGAAGACGAAGCAAUACAUCGAGAUUAAUCGGCCUUAUGCUAUUCAGCAAUAUAACGAAAAUAUGGGGGGAGUGGACAUGCUGGAUAGGGUUAUUAGCUUCUAUAGAAUAAGCGCACGCUCAAAAAAAUGGACGGUUCGAUUGAUAUUCCAUUUAUUCGACUUUGCGGCAGCUGCAGGAUGGUUGGUGUACCGGAAAGAAGCCCAAAUGUUGGAUACUCCUAAAAAAGGACACUCUGGAUUACUUGGAGUUCAAAGCCGAAAUAGCAAAUUCUUUGCUCUAUUUCACUCCAGCAAGAGAGCAAAUACACCUGUACGAGGAAGUUGA